CGCGGGUGAUAAUCUAUCAGAUUUUGAACCCGGCAGAAAGAAUUUGUUAUGAUAACUAGAACAAAAAUAUUUCGCCGCAGGUUAUAAAUAGAAGAAAGCCUUCUUUGAAGGAAUUUAGCCCAUACUAUAUCUAAAGAAAUCCAACCUUUGAGAAAUCGCACCCAAAAAGCCAAAGAGGAUUAAACAUUAUCUGUUCAACAUACAUACUAAAAAACAUCAAAAAUAAAAAAAUAUAAAUUUAUCAAUGAGCAUCCAGAUGGCAAAAAUUCCACGAAGUAAAACUUUUUUCGACUCAAGUUCGACGUCCAAUGAGUACUCAUUUCAUGGGUGCGAAAACUGGGUGCCUAGUUAUGUUUAUCUUCACAAUCCAAAUCCUGUUCCGAGUAAAUCCUUGGAGUUUCUCAGCUCCGAUCGGUCAAACGAAAAUCACCAGGAUAAUCAGUACAGUUUCAAAGAAAAUGGACAGAAUUUCACCGCUUUUGGAAGUUCAAAAUCAAAGGAAAAAUUUAACAAUGCCUCGGCGGAUAAUAUUUUAAUCAGUUCUUGCAGUAACAAUACCACAAAUACUCAGUCGAAUACUCAUCAACCGUAUUAUUAUGACUCGGAAAAUAAUGAUCCUUACCAACAAUUCGUGACUUUAAAAAAUAGACACUACAAACCUUUGCCCAUCGAUUUCCAAUCAAACAUGAACAUUACCCAAAGCAGCCCGUUUCGAACCCCGACCAUGGCUAGGUCUCAGAUUCUUUCAGCUUCACAUAAUUUCAUUUUGUCGCCUCAAAAUCAACCAGUUGCGAUUACAACUUACCACGAAAAGGAUCAAACUUGGCAGCGGAUUCUGUUCAGUUUGAUUUUUGCUUCAGUUGCAGGACUCAUUACAAUUCUGAUGGUUUAUUUCCUAGCUGACGUUAAAAAACUGUCAACAUUGUUUGUUUUAUUUUUCACCCUGACAAUGUUUUUAUUCCUGGUUUUAAAUAUUAGCAGUUCGAAGAAAAUGUUUGGCAAAAUGUUCCAAUUUCUGGCAUCUGUACAAGGCACUGUUUGCAUUUUGCUUCUCGUGCUGGCUUUGCUGACGAUUGGACCAGCUGAUUAUUUAGUGUCACGAUUGUCUCAAAAUCAGGGUGAGGUUGCAAAAACGGAUCUCAACUACACUAAUGAAGGCUACAAUGAGUUUGAGAUGGCAAUGCUUAAGGCUCAUCAAUAUAAUAUGAACCGACAGCUCGAUCAGAGCGAGGAACAGUUUAAAACAAAUCUAAACCAGGCAAUCCGAGAUUUGGAGCUCGAAAACAAAUUCAUCGCACGUGACUUCUCCAUGUUUGUUGAUCAGUGCUCGUUUGUAGCCGAACACAUCAUAACAGUCUCUGCACAAUUCGACCAAAAUUCUCAAUGCCCGAAAAACGAAGAAAAACAAAACGCAAACGCAAACAGAGAAACUAAUUUAGAAAAUAAUAAUUAUCGACAGUCGGAGACAACAAAUCUAGAAAGUUUGAAAAAUAAUGACGGUACUUGGAACGAUGGUAAUAAAAAUGAACUGAACCCUAUCUGGGCAAUUAUUCAUCAGGGAAACUUGGAAAUUCAGAGACAUCAAAACGCAGUCGCUAAACCUUGGACAUCGGAACAAACGCAACCAGAUCCUAAAACAUGUCCUUGUUGCUCUCAGUUGAUCUCACCUUUUCAGAAAUUCUGUCUUUACUUAUCAAGACAAUCACCGAAAUUCAAUAUGACAAAUGCUAUACAAAACGUGAAAAAAGUCGAAUUUUCUAAACAAUUUGAAGACGUGAAACACAAUUUUGUCAAUAUUUAUCCAAAGAAAACUUCCCAAAACGCUCCUUUGCAAAAUCCAAGAAAACCACAACAAUCUCACAAUUCUUCAUCCAAAAGAUCGGGCAGAAUAGCACUUAGUUUUUCAGCUAUUUUAUUUUCUUUGGCGUCAGUAGUGAUAGUUAUUUUUCACUCGUUUUCAAGAACUUCGCGCGAAGUCGAUUCAAAUUUGAAAAUGAAUAUUUUCGUUUCGUUUAUUCUUAUUUUGAUCAUGUUUCAGUUUAAUAGCCUGGCAACUUUUGGUUUAUUUUUUAUUGAAUCUUCGAGUUUUUACAAAUCCGAACAAAUCAAUAAUUAUAUAUUUUCGAGUGAAGAGAUUCAAAUUAUGAUUCCAAUAUUCAUUUCUUGGGCGUUAAAUUUAAUCCAGUUUUCAAUUAUGAUAGCAAAAGUUGUGAAAGAGUCUUGGAAAGAUUACGAGAUAUCUGCGAUACGAAACAACCUUACGAAUUAUUGCGAGGAAAGCAAAUUCAAUAAUAAUGUACCGAAUGCGUUGAAUUUCAACAUAACAUAUCCGAACUCUCCAAAAAUUUCGAAGUCGAUGAAUGUUCCCGGGAAAGACUUCAGCACUCAUCAAUUGGAUAGAAGCAUGACGUUGCCGAUUAGCUCAAGCUAUGUAUAAUCGAAAUAGCCAAUAUUGAAAUAUUGAAUCAUAAUUUUCAUUUUUUAAUAGUUUUUGGAGAACAAUUUUUAUCAUAAAAGUAUCUGAAAUUAUCCAAAUUUAAGCUCCAAUGGUGUAUACAAUUUAGCUGAUAUCAAAAAGAAAAAAAAUUC